UCGGAAGCGGCUGUCGCCGUCAGGUCAGCCGUGAUGUCGGCCGAGCACUUGCAGUUGUCCUUCAAGGCUGACUUGAGCCAAGAAGAACGUAUCUUGACGCUCAGCGCCAAAAAGUCGCACGUAGACGGGAAUGAAGACCUGAAAGAAAUGCUGGAGAGCAACAAGGAGUCACUCAAACUUGAGGCCAUGAAGAGGGUGGUCGGGCUGAUUGCGAAAGGAAAGAAUGCGUCCGAGCUGUUUCCCGCCGUGGUGAAGAACGUGGCCAGUAAGAACAUCGAGCUGAAGAAGCUGGUAUACGUGUACUUGGUGAGGUACGCGGAAGAGCAGCAGGACCUGGCCUUGCUCUCCAUCAGUACCUUCCAGCGGGCCCUCAAGGACCCAAACCAGUUGAUCCGGGCCAGUGCACUGAGGGUUUUGUCUAGCAUCCGCGUGACCAUCAUCGUCCCCAUCAUGAUGCUGGCCAUUAAGGAGGCCGCCGCCGACCUGUCUCCUUACGUCAGGAAGACCUCCGCCCACGCUAUCCAGAAGCUUUACAGCCUGGACCCUGAACAGAAGGAGCAGCUGAUCGAAGUGAUCGAGAAGCUCCUGAAGGACAAAAGCACGCUUGUGGCGGGCAGCGUGGUGAUGGCCUUCGAAGAGGUGUGCCCGGACCGCAUCGACCUGAUCCACAAGAACUACCGCAAGCUGUGCAACUUGCUGGUGGACGUGGAAGAGUGGGGCCAGGUGGUCAUCAUCUCCAUGCUCACACGCUACGCACGAACGCAGUUCACCAGCCCGUGGAAGGAGGGCGCCGUCUUUGAGGAAAACCAUGACAAGACCUUCUACGAAUCGGACCCAGAGGAGAAAGGCGAGGCGGCGGAGGCCAAGCCGUACGUCAUGGACCCGGAUCACCGGCUGCUGCUCCGGAACACCAAGCCGCUGCUGCAAAGCCGAAACACGGCGGUGGUGAUGGCGGUGGCUCAGCUUUACUGGCACCUUGCACCCAAACAGGAAGUCAACGUGGUCACCAAAUCGCUAGUGCGCCUGUUGAGGAGCCACAGAGAGGUGCAGUACGUGGUUCUUCAGAACAUCGCCACCAUGUCCAUUCAGAGGAAGGGGAUGUUUGAGCCUUUCAUGAAAAGUUUCUACGUCCGAUCCACCGACACCACACACAUCAAAACACUGAAGUUGGAGAUCCUGACCAACCUGGCCAAUGAGGCCAACAUCUCCACCAUCCUAAGAGAGUUUCAGACGUACGUCAAGAGUCAGGACAAAGCUUUCGCGGCGGCCACCAUCCAGGCUAUCGGCAGGUGCGCCACCAACAUCGCCGAGGUGACGGACACCUGCCUCAACGGUCUGGUGCUCCUGCUGUCCAACAGAGAUGAGGGCGUGGUGGCCGAGAGCGUGGUCGUGAUCCGCAAGUUGCUGCUCACACAGCCCACCCAGCACAGCGAGAUCAUCAAGCACAUGGCCAAGCUCUUCGAUAAAAUCACCGUGCCCAUGGCUCGGGCCAGCAUCCUGUGGUUGAUGGGCGAAUACUGCGAGCGCGUGCCCAAGAUCGCGCCAGACGUGCUGCGCAAGAUCGCCAAGACUUUCACCGCCGAAGAGGAUAUCGUCAAGCUGCAGGCCGUCAACCUAGCGGCCAAGCUCUACCUCACAAACUCCAAGCAGACUAAGCUGCUAACCCAGUACAUCCUCAAUUUGGGCAAAUACGACCAGAACUAUGACAUCCGCGAUCGCACCCGCUUCAUACGGCAACUGAUUGUGCCGAGCGAGCAGAUGGGCGCCCUUAACAAGUACGCCCGCCGCAUCCUUUUGGCACCCAAGCCCGCUCCCGUGCUCCAGUCUGCUUUCAAAGAUCGAGAUCGUUUCCAGCUGGGCACGCUUUCUCACAGCCUCAACAGCAAAGCCGCCGGAUACCAUGAGCUGUCAGAGUGGCCCGCGGUGGCACCUGACCAGUCUGUGAGGAACGUGGAAGUCAUUGAGCCAGUAAAUGAGUGGGCGUCGCUGGUCGGGAAGGCCAAGCCGCCGCCUGAUUCGGAUGACAAAUUCUACUCUGACGAGGAUGGUGACAAAAAGGAGGACACCAGCGACGAAAACAGCAGCAGCACAAGCACUAGUAGUAGUAGCAGCAUCCGAUCGUUGUCUGCUGCAUCAGAGUCUGGAAGCGGCAGCGACGAAGAGGAUGGUAGCAGCCAAGAGUCUGACGAGAGCUCCACCGAUUCCGGGAAAAGUUCUGGGGAAUCAAAUAAGAGCUCCGGCGAUUCAGGUUCAGAACAGAAGAAGAAGAUAGUGAAAAAGACCAAGAAAUCUCAGAAACAUAAGCAAAACACUGCUGACAGCGGCAAAAGUGGCGACGAACCAAUGGACGAAGGAAGCAGCUCGUCAGCUGAAAGCUCUUCGUCCGAGUCGGACUCUGAUUCGGAAUCGGACUCCGAAGCUCAGCGGCCCAAGAACAAUGUCAAGGCUAACCCCAAAGUGGACAACACGUCUAAGGAAGUGUCCUUGCUGGAUCUCGACGAUUUUUUUCCAGCUCCCACGAACACAAGUAAACCCUUUGCGGUCACUUCCAGUUUGAUGUCAGACCUGGAAGGACUUUCCCUCUCGCAUGUGCCAUCUGCCUUUCAGGUGACGAGUCUGUCUUUCGGGCUGGUGAAAAGCUACGAGCUGCUUCACCACAUGAGCGGGAAAGGCCUGUCGGCUAAGUACUGCUUCCCUCGCCAGCCUUGCCUGUACGGGCCCAGCAUGGUGGCCGUGCAGGUCACCCUAACCAACAACUGCGAGCGCCCCUUGGAGGAGAUCCAUGUCGGCGAAAGCGGACCCGCCGGCCUUGACAUUCACGCUUUUAACACUAUUGAGCGCUUGGAUCCGGAGGCCUCCGUCACCGUUUCCAUGGGCAUCGACUUCAAUGACUCCACGCAGGCGGCCAACUUCCAACUGUGCACCAAAGAGGAGCGCUUUAGUGUUUCAAUACAGCCUGCCGUGGGGGAGCUUCUGACGCCCUGCACCCUCAGUGAGACAGACUUCUCCAAGGAGCAAAGUAAACUCCGAGGAAUGAACGAAACCUCGGCAACCAUUGUCAUGGCGACGCCUGACAUUUCAGACCAAGCUGUCGCCGAACGUGUCCUUUCAGUUGCCAACGUGGGCGCGGUGGCCUCCUCAGAAAGUCAUGUACUAAGGUUUGCGGGUCGCACGGUGAGCAGCAAGGUUCUGGUUUUACUUCUCCUGGACCUGAAGGAGCAAACAGACAGCGUCUUGCUGACAGUCAACACAGAGAAGAGUGUCAUGGCGUCCAUGUUGCUGCGGGACCUCAAACAGACCUUGGCCCAGGCAUAG